AUGGAUGCUCUUAGAAAAAGAAAUAUGACCAUGGAAGAUUCCUCUUGUGUGCUUUGUGGUGAAGUGGACGAGACAGUAGAACAUAUGUUCAUUUCUUGCGGAUUUACGUCUACAAUUUGGGCUUUAAUUAGCAUGUGGUGUAAAAUCCCGAGUAUUUUCGCCUUUACGAUAAAAGACCUCCUCGAUCUUCAUGAUCAUGUGGGCGGUCCCGAGUGGAAAAGAGCGGCGAUUCAAGGCAUAAUCAGGAUCGGGUGUUGGUGUAUUUGGAGGGCGAGGAACGAUUAUAAAUUCAACAAUAAGGAAAUCAAAGUGGAAGGGAUUAUGAGGGAUAUAAAAGCGUUGGGUUUCUUUUGGUUUAACACUAGAUAUAAAAGGAAUGUUGUUAGGUGGGAAGAUUGGCGUUCUUUUGUAAUUUUGUAA